CAACCUAUUUAUUUUGCUGGGUGCAUUAUUUUGAGCGCGUGGUUAGGUUAGUGUACUGUGGCGAAGUAGAAAAUUAAUCGAGCAGUGGUGGGUUUUGAGUAGUACAGGGUUAGUAAAAGUAUAGUUAGUUGAAGUAGCUGAUUGAUCUGACUUGUUCGUGAGAGCACACUAAAAUGCCAUUGUCACAUUUUGAUGAGCGGAGUGGUGCUGUGAGUUGCCCAACACCUUGGGGUCGCUGGUGGCAGACAGUGGCUGAAGUAUUUGCCGAGAUAGAAGUUCCCAAAGGCACACGAGGCAAGGAUGUUCGGAUCCAGAUUACUCCUAAGCACAUAUCUUGCACAGUGCAUGGAAAGGAGCUCUUUUCUGGGAACCUUCAUCGCACUGUUGUUGCUGAUGAAUCAACGUGGACCAUUGAGGAGCGGCAGCGUGUGUUGAUUUUGCUUGUUAAGGCAGAACCUGCUAAUUCGGAAAAGGUGUGGGAAUCGCUGCUUGAGGGACAGUAUGCACCAGAUCCACAUAUCAUGCACGAGAUGAUGAAGAAACUGGACCUCGAGAAGUUUCAAAUGGAAAACCCAGGCUUUGACUUCAGUGGAGCCAAACUAGACAAAGCAUACGACCGCAUUCCAGGCCUUCACGACGACACUUUGGAAAGUCAAGCAAUGGGAUUUCAUCUGCAACAAGCUGAGGGCAAAUCUUCUGACAUGAUGGAUGCUAAUGCUGGAAGGCUUUUUUAGUGACAAAGUUAUUAGGACUAUCCUCUUUGUCUUCCUUCACCAAUAUUUGUUCCUUCAUCUGUUGUUGCUUUUUAUUGAUUCAUGUGUUGUUUAUAAUUUACUCUUUUUCAUUACAUCUGAAUAGGUGCGUGAGCAGGGUCUCUCUUUUUUGGGGAGGGUUGAGUUUAAAGCCCAUAUGAAAUCACUGCAGAUAUUCUCAACAUGUAGGGCUAGUUGAACACAAAACACUACUUGUAGGUUUUUGCAUGUAGCUGCUAAAGUUGCUAUUAAAAUAUUGACAUUAAUCUGCACUGUGCAACAAUCUUGAUGCGCCAUCUCUCAUGCAUCGCUGUGGUGCCUGUUUAAUCAAAAAUUGGCUUGACUGCGUUAUGUAGCCACUAGAAGUUUCUUGCAUAGAAAGUUUCACAACAGACCAGCAUUCUUUUGUGUAGCCGGAUGAAAUGUGGAAAUGCCUGAAACACCUCAAGAAAAACAAAGAAGCAGGUUCUUCUUGUGGUGUUUUAGGCAUCUAGAAUUUUUCCCCAUAAUGAUGCACCAACUCACUAACAAGUACUUUUUGGUACUAAAACUUGAGUGGUAUGGCUUUCUGCUCCAAGGCAAAUGAAUGCAACAUCUGUUUUUUUAAUAAUGACCAAUGUUGUUGUGUAAUCAUUUGUUUGCUAGAUCUGUGAAUUGAAUUAUAUAAUGGGGCCAAAACUUGUUUUGAAGCCCUGGAUAGCAUUAAAGCAUUCCAGAAUUGCCAAAUGCCGGCAUUUAAAAGAAAUUGUCAGCCGAUUUCAAAUGUUUAUAUAAAUGCACAUUCUUUGUUAACAUGAAAAAGGGCCGAAUAGUAUUUCAAUGACUCCAGGCAAUACUUGACCAUUUAGCUAAUGAAUAGCUGAAAAUUUCCAAAAAGAAAACAAGGGCAGUUUCUUUCAUCUCUGUGUUAAUGUGGAUGCUGUCUUAUUGCAAUCUGUGGACUUCAUGCAUGUGUUACUUGAAGCCAAAGCAUCAAGAAUCAUAUGGCUCCUAAAACCAGUACUUUGCAUAAGAACAGCCUCCCGCAUUUUGUACUAUGUCAUGCAUGCAUUGGAGAAAGGCGCACAAAUAAACCAUAAGUGCAAACAUUGUCUGCUAUGCUGUUUCUUGGAGCAAGAAUCACUCCCUGCAUCUUUUUACCUGUGGGGCCACCUUAUGGACUGUAACAGAUAGCAGCGUUAUGUAACCUUGGUUUUAUUUAUUUUUUCAUUUCAACACUUGUGCACGACAAUUGUGUUGGCAAUUUUGCUAGCGUACUUGUUUCUCUUGGCACUGCUUUUGGUUCCCUGCACUUCAUUUCUUCAAUAUAAAUAACCCUAGUCACAUUGCCCUGAAAGGAACAGCAUAACAGACAGCACUUACACUGGAGAUGCUGUGAUACCCUCAGUCUCUCAGGUUAUCACCACCAUAAGGCAAUCAGUAUACAGUCAAAACUUGUGUACUCUAGUUAGAUAAACAUGUAGCCAGCGAUACUUAAAUACCCACAUUGUUUAGAUGUGGCUAAGCGUGUUUGUAAGCAUGUAAACUCAGUGUGUUUCAUAAGAAUGUGAUUACUUGUGUGCUAGUCAUUUCCAUAAUAAAACAUCCUUCUUGUGAUUCACUUUUCAAUACUACUCUAUGCUACUUCAAAUCGUUACAUGCCUGAAAAACAAAAAGAAAUCGAAGAAGCUGCUUUCCGCAGUUGUUGGGAAUCUUCCACUGUGCCUAUGUUCCCCUGUAGUGUGUGUUGUUUAGAGCAUGGUAUCACUGAAUAAAUGUCCAGUGCACUUUGA